AUGCCAUGGAUACAGAUCAGCCUCCGAUUACACGAUGUUCCUCAGAAUGAAGGCGUACCGAAAGACUAUAACCUGAAACGCCAGAAUAUAAAUGCAGAUAAAACAGCCUAUACUGUGCAAAAUACGUUUAUAUUUACAGAAAAAGACCUUCCAGGCUAUAAAGAUAGGACGCAUCUGUUAUUCAACGAGAACCAGCCGCAUGGCCGAUCAUAUGUGUAUGAACAGAUGAAGCGCGAUUCAAGGAAGAAGGCCAACAAAAAGAAAUGGGAGCCGUAUACGAGAAAGACCAUUCCAAAACAAACCGCAAUCGCUGCAAAAGUACACGACGAGUUCAACUGCCUCCCAGUUGAAAACGAAGAAUAUCAGAGAAUUGCUGAAAAGCGAGCCUUGGAAGCCCUUAAGCCAAAGAAGGAGACCAAAUUUAUUGAACGGGUUACUGGCAAGAUGUUGCAGCCGAAAACUGCCCAAGACGCCGAUAAAUCCAAUUUUAUCCAAGUUACCAAACCUCCAAAAGUCCGCGCACAGGACAACAAAACUACUCGUAUGCCACAAAACGAACUCCUGGAUCUCGUAUACGCCUGCUUCCGACGAUACAGGUAUUGGCCUUUUAAAUCUCUCAAAGCUGAGCUCAAACAGCCAGAAGCCUAUCUUAAACAAACACUGGAGAUGGUUGCACAUCUUGUUAAGAGCGGUGAUUUCGCAAUGACUUGGGAAUUGAAACCAGAAGCCCGAGAAGCGAACUACGCAAAUGCUUUGGCUUAUAAAGAUGCGACACAAGAGUUGGCUCCGAGCGCUUUAGAUGAAGGUUCUGAAGGAGAACCGACCGCUUCGGGUCUUGGCACAGAUAACAAUGAGGAUGAGAAUAUCAAGUUUGAGAAUGUAGGUUGA